CAAUAAGCCGAACACUUUCUUUGCUGUCCACGUCAGGCCUGCCAAAGUGCCAAAAUUUCAACACAAUGGACGUUUAGCCUGCUGCGCUAGCUGCAAUCCGCAGAAAACCGAAGCCAAAGCAAACGAUCGCGGAACCAGGAACGAAGGCUCCUUCCGGCGAUGGAGAAGAGCAAGGUUCUAGUCGUGGGCGGCAGCACGGGCUUCGUGGGCAGGCGGAUCGUCGCGGCGAGCCUGGCGCAGGGCUACCCGACGUUCGUCCUGAUGCGGCCGGAGAUAGGCCUCGACGUCGACAAGCUCCAGGCCCUGCUGUCCUUCAAGGCCCAGGGCGCGCGCCUCGUGGAGGCGUCGCUCGACGACCGCGCGGGGCUCGUCGCCGCCGUGAGGCAGGUGGACGUGGUCGUGUCGGCCUUGUCCGGGACACACCGCAGCCAGACCAUCCUGCUGCAGCACAAGCUCGUCGAGGCGAUCAAGGAGGCCGGGAACAUCAAGCGUUUCAUACCGUCGGAAUUCGGCAUGGACCCAUCCAGGAUGGGGCAUGCUCUUCAACCAGGAAGGGCUAUAUUCGACGAGAAGAUGGAGCUACGGAGGGCAAUAGAAGCAGCCAAAAUUCCCCACACCUACAUUUCUGCCAAUUGCUUUGCCGCAUACUUUUGUCCAAACCUCGCUCAAAUGGGUACUCUUCUGCCUCCCAAGGACGAGGUUCGUGUAUAUGGAGAUGGCAAUGUCAAAGUAAUAUUUGUGGAUGAAGAUGAUGUGGCAUCUUAUACAAUCAAAUCCCUUGAUGACCCUCGCACCUUGAACAAGACAGUUUACCUAAGACCACCAGAAAACAUCCUCACUCAAAAUGAGCUGAUCGCGAAAUGGGAAAAGCUCUCUGGAAAUGUCAUCGAGAAAAUUUACAUUCCGGUUGACGAGUUCUUGGCUUCAAUGAAAGAUAUGGAUAUUGGCGGCCAAAUCGCAGUGGGACACUUUUAUCAUAUUUUCUAUGAAGGUUGCCUGACAAACUUUGACAUUGGGGAGGACGGAGCAGAAGCUACUCUUCUGUACCCGGAGGUUGAGUACACCCGCAUGGAUGAAUAUAUGAAAAGAUAUCUGUAAUUUGUAAAGUUUUCUAUGACCUAUCUGAUCAUAUAAGAAAUUCAAAAACCAUGGGCACCAUGGCUGGAAAUAUAUGGUGUUAGUGUUACAUCCUGCACUAUGGCAUAAUACUCCAAUAUGUAAUCAAGCUCUCCAUAAUGGGAUAUAGACACUUACAAUCAAUAUGGUGGGUAGUUCUUGUCCUGCA